AUGAAGGAGAGGCUGUCUAACGAUCAGACGUGGUGUACGCCAAUACCGCACGACAGGAAGGUGUCGACGGUGCGGGAUUUUUAUCAGGCGUUCCACGAUGCGAGCACGUUGCCGAUACGGACCUGCAUGAUGUGCUACCGCAAGCGGCGGCCGCUCACCAUUUUCAUGCCGGAGCUGCUUUCCCGAAGGCGAGCCCGUGGACUCACGCUGGUCGAAGAGAAGCUCGUCUCGCUCAACUCCUGCUAUGGGCACGUCAAGGGCCACAUCACAGUGUUUCCCAACAACGUGCAGGAGCUGGCGACCAAGGUGCUCCCGCACCCCCUUUUGCAAGCACUGGACGAGAUCCACGUUUCGUGGCAGGGCGUGGAGAAGCCGGCACCGAGCGACCUGUCGAGUCUCUUGUCGAUCGAGAUCGACGUGGCGGAGAUGGAGAGUUGGGGAGACCCGAUAGACGGGGUGCCGGCCUUGGUGUAUGAUCGCAUGGAGCGGAACGAGCCGUCCGCAUGGGAGAAAACGCGGACGGCGCACGUUGUGCCGCCCACGGAGCGCGCCAUGGACGACGAGGGGUCGGUGGAGAUCGAGGAACUCUUCGCUCUGCUCAACCAAAGGCAGGAAACGGGAGGCGAGGCUGAAGGGCACGGGCCCAACGAAGAAGGCGCGGGUCGUGAUGGAGUUGGUGCUAGCCCCGAUCAGAACGUUCGACCAAUCAACGAGGUGACGUCUUCCGGCAUGUUUGGGCUGGACGGACCGCCAGACGUGGCGGAUGUCGAGAAGCUGCGCAUGCUGAGUGUGGCGAGGAAGGACUUCGGCAAGGUCGAGCGCGUUGCCCGCUCGAUGACCGCGCAAAGGUUAGCGGCGGCGAGGGUCGAGUUGGAGAGCUCGGGCAAGACGACCGAUGAGGGCUCGCUCAUCGUUGGCUACGGCGUUCCGGCCAUCUGGUUCACCAUCAACCCAAACGACAUUACGAACCCGGUGAAGCUGCGACUGGCGGCAUAUCGGACACGCGAUCCCGGCGCGGCCGAGGAGUUCCUAGAAGGCCUUGGGAGUGCGUACAAGCGGACAAGGCUGGCCAUGUCCGAUCCGAUGAGCGCCGCCGUAUUCUUCCACCGGGAGAUGAAGCUGUUCUUCGAUCAUUACGUGAAGGUCGGAGAAGACUCGAUGCUUGCCGACAUCCACGGGGAGGAUCAGGCGGCGUAUCGCGAGCGAAUCAUACGAUACGUCGAUAGUGUCUUCUCCGAGGAUCUGGAUCAGGAAGGGUUCUGCGCCGUGCAAGCGGAGCGAUCUGUGACGUCCGAUAUUUCCUCCCUGCUGGACAACACCGAGCAGUUUUCGGCCGCAUUUGACGAGGAGGCCAACUUCUGUGCCGGCGCUACACAGGUUCACACGCAUAGCCCGACCUGUGUCAAGUAUUCCUGGGCAAAGGAGCGCGGAAAGGAAUCUAUGCCGAUCCGGAGGACUCACAGCAUGGUCAAUCGAUGGAACAAGGCUAUCGCUGUUGGGCUCCGGCACAACCACGACAUUUCCUUCAUUGCGACGCAGCGCAAGACCAUGGCCCUUAUGUAUUAUGUCACGAACUACGCGACGAAGGUGGAGGACCCGGUGUGGAAGCGUGUGGCGGCCGCGGCCGAUCUCCUGGCCGCCUCAACGGGUGACGGCACGGCCAACGGAGGACAGGACGACGGUGGAGGUGCUGUUGGCGAUGACGCCGCCAAGGGGAACAGGACGCGACAGUUCUUGAUGAGGGUGGCGAAUCGUGUGUUCACGGAGCGUCCGCUAUCUCAGGUCGAGGUCGUCGCUCAUCUUCUUGGAUAUCCGGCCGAGUUCACCAACAGCAGCGCCUGGGCGUACCUGAACACAUCUCUGCUGUACUGGGAAGUCUUUCGACGGUGGCCGUAUCUCCGACGAGCAAGUGGCGCGGCGGCCAUAGAUGAUACUCUGGAUGAGUCGGUGCUCAGGCGGCCGGGCAAGCAUGCUACCGUCUGCCUCGAUGGCUACCUGAGCAAGGACUUCGGCCACAACGACGACGAGGAGUCGUGCCACCGGAGGGCAGCCGUGCAGCAUCUUGCGCUAUUUGUGCCGUGGGAGUCCUUUCUGUGCGAAGAAACAGGUGAGAUCAAUAGCAUCUGGGAGCGGGCGCGAGAGGCGCUGGCCCCGAGAAUAUCAUGUCUCGUCGACAACGUGCAGCUGCUUCGACGAUCAGCCGAAGACGCAAAGCGCGACGCCAAGCAAUGGGCGGCCUCAUCCGGCGAUGGCGAUUCCACGGUCGCCCACGUCGAGGAGGGCGAGACAGGCGAGGCGGGCGCAGAAUUUGCAGCGACGUAUCGGUCCAACAACAUCGGAGACGCAACGCGCCUGAUCGACGUCGUCCGAGGCGCAGUGGGCACGAAUCAGGUGACGGCCAAGUCGCCGGAGCUCAUGGCAAUGAUGCGGCAGCUCUGUCGAUUCCAGCAAUCGGCGCUCUGCUCAACGGCCGAGCUCGAGGCCAUCGCGAUUCCCGAACAAGGGUUGAGGUGCAUAAGCAUGCCAGGGCGGGUAUUUUCCGGGGCCGCACUACCGCCGCAGGAUCAGGUCAAGGCUAUCAAGUCGCAGCAGAUAACCAAGGACCUUGACGGGGUGCGGCUGACAAAACGGGCGGAGCGGUUCAUCCACGGCCAGUCUCGGAUGGACUGGCAGGAGAAGGACGUGCUUGUCAUCGACGAGAUUUCGGGGAUCCCCAUCGUCCUCUUCUGCGGAGACUUUCAGCAGUUCCGGCCGGUCCAAGAGAGGUCGAUCGUCCUGCCGAGCGCGGCCAUCUCGUGGGACGUAGACAACUCGUUCAAGGCCGAGCAGCGGCACCAGCACGACAAAGCGCACGCGCUGUGGAAGAGAUUCACGACGGUCGUCAUGUUGAACGAGCAAAUGCGCGCCGCCGGUGAUCCGGAAUUGCAGGGGCUGCUGAAGCGGAUCCGGCAGGGGCAGGCGGAUCCUUGGGAGACUGGCAUCACCGUGGUGACGCCGCUGAACAGGAAUCGGUGGAACCUAAACAUGGAGGCAAGCUUGGCGUUCCGGGUCCAGCAGCGGUCGACGAUGCGCAUCUUCAUCUCCGAGCACAAGUGGAAGGAGGGCCUGCCGACCGAGGAAGAAGCGAUCAUGGUACUCAAUCAAGGCGACGAUAGCGCGAUCCCCGUGCCGGCCGUCUUCAUGUUCGUGGCCGGGAUGCCGGUCGUCGUGAACCACAACACCCAUCAGGGGCUGAAGCUGGUGAACGGCGCCGGCUACUCGGCGGUGGAGGUCAUUGUCGACAAGGCGUCCCCAGGGCAUCGAAUCUCGUCCGACAUGACGAUCCACUUCGGGCCGCCGGCGGGAUAUUACUGGAAUCGGCGACGACAAAGGACCUCCACUUCAACGACGUCAGCCGGAAGGGAUUGCCGUGCGCAGCAGCCUUCGCCUGCACGGACUACAAGGUGCAGGGCAGAACGCCAGAGCGCGUGGCCCUGGAGCUGCGGGGACACGGACGACGAAAGUCGAUGGAAGGGCCGUGCCUCGCAAUGCGACCCGUACAGCUUAUAUGUGCAGCUAUCGCGCUGUCGAACGCUAGACGGCAUCACGCUCGUGUCCAAGGUGCGGGAGAGAGACUUGGUGGGCAACCGAGUCCCCGAAGAGAUGACCGCCGCGCAGGCCAGGCUGGAGGUGCUAAGCGAGAGGACUGUCGAGGAAGCUUUGCGUCGGUCGGAUGGCGACGCUGAAGAGUCAAGGAGAGUUGUCAGGGUGAGGUGA